AUGUGCCUAACCCUAACAACCAAACACCCCCUCUGCGGCUGCCUCACCACCACAACUUUCACUCCCUGCCGUCUCAUCCCCUGGAACCGGUGUAUCCGGCGCGAGAUGAUAAUCGUCGAGGGAACGCGUCGACGGAAUAAUCUUCUCUGCGAAGCUUGCAGCGACAGCAGCAGAUAUUCCGAACGGAGGAUGAACAGACUAUACACUCUGAUGGCAUGUCUUGAGGGAUUUGACUCGAGUGUUGAGUUUGAUUGUUUGGAUGUAGAUGAUGAACAGCAUGGUCAGGAUGAUGGUGUUCAGGAGGUCGGGGUGGGAGAGCAUGAUGAUGAUUAUAAUUGUGGCGAUGGUGGUAGUGGUGGGAGUAGUGAUGAGGGUUGGUAUGGAGAGGGUGAGGGAGAGGGGGAUGUGGGUGAGGUGGAAGAAUAUAUAGAAGAGUCCUCCUCAUCAGAGGAAGAACUGGUGGUGCUUCGGUGUGACCUGAGUAGAGUUUGUGAUUCGAUUGCUUCGUCGCGCGUUUGUCAUGGCACUGGUGUGAUGGGGAGGGAGAAGAGACGGUUUGGGAGAGGGAGGGUCCGGGGGCCUAAGAGGAGGGAUACGGCUGAUGAAGAGGAUAUGGAGAUGAAUAUGGCGAUGGCGAGGGCGAGGGUGGAGGAUCAGAGGGAUUCUUCUAUUUCUACGGUCUCAUCGAUAUGA